CUCUCUCUCUCUCUCUCUCUCUCUCUCUCUCUAACUCUUUCUCUCUCUCUACGAUCGCCAUGGCGCUCCUCCACGAGCUCCUCUCCCUCGACCUCUCCGAGACCACGGAGAAGAUCAUCGCCGAGUACAUAUGGAUCGGGGGAUCGGGAAUGGACAUCAGGAGCAAAGCUAGGACUCUUCCGAGACCGGUGUCGGAUCAUCGAGAGCUCCCGAAGUGGAACUACGAUGGAUCGAGCACGGAUCAAGCUCCUGGUGAUGAUAGCGAAGUGAUCUUAUACCCGCAGGAGAUUUUUAGGGAUCCGUUCAGAAAAGGCAAAAAUAUUUUGGUGAUGUGCGACGCGUACACGCCAGCUGGGGAGCCAAUUCCUACCAACAAGAGAUUCAAUGCGGAGAAGAUCUUUAGCCAUCCAGAUGUCGUCGCCGAAGAGCCUUGGUAUGGAAUUGAGCAGGAGUACACUUUGCUCCAGAAGGACAUCCACUGGCCUCUUGGAUGGCCGAUUGGCGGUUACCCUGCACCUCAGGGUCCAUACUACUGCGGUGUAGGAGCUGAUAAGGCAUUUGGUCGCGACAUUGUGAAUGCUCAUUACAAAGCAUGCCUCUAUGCUGGCAUUAACAUAAGCGGAAUUAACGGAGAAGUUAUGCCCGGCCAGUGGGAAUUUCAAGUAGGCCCUGCUGUUGGAAUUUCCGCGGGUGAUCAAUUAUGGGUAGCCCGUUAUAUCCUCGAGAGAAUUGCUGAGAUUGCAGGAGUUGUCGUAUCUUUCGACCCCAAGCCUAUUCAGGGUAAUUGGAAUGGUGCUGGUGCUCAUACAAAUUAUAGCACCAAGUCCAUGAGGAACAACGGCGGGCUUGAUGUGAUCAAGAAAGCAAUCGAGAAACUGAAGCUUCGGCACAAGGAGCAUAUUUCUGCAUAUGGUGAGGGUAAUGAGCGGAGAUUGACCGGUCAGCACGAAACUGCAAACAUCGACGCAUUUUCAUGGGGUGUCGCAAACCGCGGUGCCUCGGUUCGUGUCGGUCGUGAAACUGAAAAGGCCGGCAAAGGUUAUUUCGAGGAUAGGAGGCCGGCGUCGAACAUGGAUCCAUACGUCGUGACCUCGAUGAUUGCCGAAACCACCAUUCUUCGGAAAUCAUCUUAAAAUUGGGGCUAGGAUAACUUACCAUGCUGCUAGAACAUUUGUUCUGCUUUUAUUCUCUCUCUGGUUGUUUUACGAAAAAUUGCGCACAAAUUAGGGUAGUUGUUUUGGAACAUUGUGAUCUAUAAUGGUUCUCUUUUGUUUACUUUGUUAGUGAUGAGAAGCAGGUAUCAAAGGCCAAGAGAAAAAAAAAAAAAA